AAAUCUACACCGUUAGUUAGCCUUAUAAAUGCUGCUGGGAAGUCUAAACCCUUUCCUCUAAAACCCUAAUUUUGAGGCAGCCGAUUGCUCCGCCGCACUGUAAUCUGCCGGAGUAAUCCCAGGUACUUUUUUUGCUCGGGAGACGGUGGAAAAUCAGUUUCUUUUUGGUUGAGUUGGAGCGAGGAUGUUGCUACUGUUUGAAACCCCCGCGGGGUUCGCGCUUUUCAAAGUUUUGGAUGAAGGCAAACUUUCUAAAGUUGAGGAUUUGGGGAAGGAGUUCACUACUCCUGAAUCUGCCAGACAGGUUGUCAAGCUAAAAGCUUUUUCCAAGUUUGAGAACACGGCUGAGGCUUUAUCAGCUGCUACAUUGUUGAUAGAUAGCAAGCCCAGCAAAGGCCUUCGGAAAUUCUUGCGCAGCCAUUGUGAGGAUGACAUUUUAGCUGUAGCUGAUUCCAAACUUGGGAACACCAUCAAAGAGAAGCUGAAAAUUGAAUGUGUCCACAACAAUGCUGUCAUGGAACUCAUGAGAGGAGUGAGAAGUCAAUUGACUGAGCUUAUAUCUGGUUUAGCUUCACAAGAUUUGGCUCCAAUGAGCUUGGGUUUGUCCCACAGUUUGUCACGAUAUAAACUGAAAUUUAGUCCUGACAAGGUUGAUACAAUGAUAAUACAAGCCAUUAGCUUGUUGGAUGACCUUGAUAAAGAGCUGAACACAUAUGCAAUGAGAGUUAGGGAAUGGUAUGGUUGGCAUUUUCCAGAGCUUGCAAAAAUAGUAACAGAUAAUAUCCUUUAUGCCAAGUCUGUGAAGUUGAUGGGUAACCGAACAAAUGCUGCAAAGCUCGACUUCUCUGAGAUUCUACCUGAAGAUGUUGAAGCAGAACUCAAAGAAGCCUCUGUUAUUUCCAUGGGAACUGAAGUUAGUGACCUUGACUUGACAAACAUCAAAGAUUUGUGCAACCAAGUACUCUCUCUUGCAGAAUACAGAGCUCAGCUUUACGAUUACCUAAAGAGCAGGAUGAACACAAUUGCCCCAAAUCUUACUGCACUUGUUGGAGAACUAGUUGGUGCUCGAUUGAUUGCCCAUGGCGGCAGCUUAAUCAAUCUUGCUAAGCAGCCUGGAAGUACGGUGCAGAUACUUGGUGCGGAGAAGGCACUGUUCAGGGCACUAAAAACUAAGCAUGCAACUCCUAAAUAUGGACUUAUCUAUCAUGCAUCUUUAAUCGGUCAAGCAGCACCGAAGCACAAGGGCAAAAUAUCUAGGUCUCUUGCAGCAAAAUCUGCUUUAGCAAUUAGGUGUGAUGCUCUUGGAGACAAUAUCGACAAUUCCAUGGGUUUGGAAAACAGGCUUAAGCUUGAAGCUCGUUUAAGGAGCUUAGAAGGCAGAGAGCUUGGUCAUGCUGCUGGAUCUGCUAAAGGCAAACCCAAGAUUGAAGUAUAUGAUAAGGACAGGAAGAAAGGAUCCGGGGGGCUAAUUACUCCAGCAAAGACGUACAAUCCAGCAGCUGACUCGAUUCUGGGGCUAACGGAGUCUUUGACCGAGAAAGAUGAGAAUGAAUCCAUGCCACAAGUGACCGGGGAGGUGGACACUGAUGUGCCUAUGACCGAUGGAGAGAAAAAGAGCAAGAAAAAGAAGAAGAGAAAAGAUCAAGAAGACAAUGCCGCAGGCUUAAAUGAGGAUGUGGAAGUUGAAGGUGAAGCAAUUGCAAAGAAAGAGAAGAAGAAAAAGAAGCAUGCAGAAGCAGAUGACUCCGAGAAUGUCGACCAGGGAAAGAAGAAAAAAAGAAAGCACGCAGAGGAGGAUGAACACGAAAAUGCGGAUGUGGAUGGAAAGAAGAAGAAGAAAAAGAAGGCGAAAAAGCAAGAAGCUGCCGCAGAGGAAGCCGAUGAGACUUCAGCUAAAAAGAAAGACAAAAAGAAGAAGAAGAAAUCCGAAGAAUGAAGCGAAUGCCUGCCUGCCUGCCUGCCUUACAUAUAGAGGUACAAGCAAUGCUUUGCUUAUCAGACUGUUGUUUCUCGAGCAUGAUUUUGGUGUUUGUUUGUGUAAUCCUUUGCUUUUAACUUAUUGUGUUACCUUAAUGAUUUUGAAGCGCAAUGCAGUGAAAUUCCUCAAUUUUCUUGAAGAGUUUAUUAGUGUAUUGUUAAUUUUGAAGCAAAACAAAAUGGAUUUCCUAAACACUAUUAUGAGUUAAGUUUAAGCUUUUAGCUGCCA